AACAACAGUUUAUAGCUGCUAUAACGUAAGUCAUGAGAAAAACUUGUUUCAUGGAUGUUUCACAACAUGGACAUUUGUACAAACAUGAUUGGCCAAUGCUAUGUCACAAGAGGAAUAAAACACUCUAUAGGAAAAAUAAUCAACUAUGUAAAAUCUCCAACAGAUCGAGAGUCAUUGGCUGGAUCUCAGGAGGAAUUGGGAAGGUCGUACCUCAGCCAGAGACCAAAUACACAGAGAUGAGAGAGAAACCUGAUGAGGAAGUUACAGAGGUUUACGAUAUUGAAGAACUUCCAGACACCGAGCCUCUUCCUAAUGUUCCGGUGGUGGAGAUGGUGUCCGAGGACGAGGUGUGUGAAGUGCGGCAUUCAUCUGAAGUGCGGCAGUUUCGUCCGGGCGUGGUGCAGUGGAUAAAGACUGGUUUCCAGAACGCUCUGCCAUACCACAUGCCCCGCCCACCAGACCACCCAGAAACAGGCUCCCAACGAUCAUCACGCUGCUCAGAUAAAGUGUUCUCACCUCCUCCUGAAUCAAUAACCAGCCUGACAGAGGUCGACACAAAAGUCAACAUGAUGGGGUGGAUUGUUCAGGGUCUUGGCCUGACCUUGCCCCAGCCUGUUAUAAGAAGCAAAGAGGACUAUGGGGGGGUGGGAGAAACGGUUACGCAACAAGCUGUCCACUCCAGGCCAACUUCCAAAGACCUGGUCCUCGAGGAGGUCAACUCAGAAGAUGACCAGGACCAGGACCAGGAGAACAGAUCUGAACAUCCAUCUAAACCAAAACAAGCAGAGCCAGUGGUGCAAUUGGAUCCAGAAGCCAUGAGUUCCUCAGCUUCAACAUCAUGCCUGAAGCAGGAAGAUGCUGAGACACAAACCAGACAAUGGACACCCUUCAUCGAGAGCAUCAAGAGAGAGGCGGAGGACAAAGCCAUGGCUACUAUGGAGGAAUGGAUGUGUCAGGAGCGCUUGGAGAUGGUGAGGAUGGCUGAGGAGGUGGCAAGACACGCCGCGGAAGUGACCGUCAGAGAGCUGGCUAGAACCCGAGUGACCGUACACACACCCAUCCUGGAGGUGGAGGAAGAGGCUGAGCCAGAGUAA